CACAUGUCAAACCGCCCCAGCGCCCUCUACUCGGCCAUUCUCGUCGCUUGUUUACGUGCUUAGUGUUUCUCUCGUGCAAAACUCGAUGAAUCCCUUGCAAUAGUAGCUCGGGCUCCGGUGGUUCCCCCUUCCUGGAUGUUUUGUUGCUGGUCCGACGCGGAGGACUCCGGAAAAGGCGUUGACGGUGUUUUGUUAGGUCCGAUGGCAGCCAUCAGGAAGAAGCUGGUGAUCGUGGGCGACGGCGCCUGCGGCAAGACCUGCCUCCUCAUCGUCUUCAGCAAGGACCAGUUCCCCGAGGUGUACGUCCCCACCGUCUUCGAGAACUACGUGGCCGACAUCGAGGUGGACGGCAAGCAGGUGGAGUUGGCGCUGUGGGACACCGCCGGCCAGGAGGACUACGACCGUCUGCGGCCGCUGUCCUACCCCGACACCGACGUCAUCCUCAUGUGCUUCUCGGUGGACUCGCCCGACUCGCUGGAGAACAUCCCCGAGAAGUGGACCCCCGAGGUGAAGCACUUCUGUCCCAACGUCCCGAUCAUCCUCGUGGGGAACAAGAAGGACCUGCGGAAUGACCCGAACACCAUCAACGAGCUGAAGAAGAUGAAGCAGGAGCCGGUGAAGCCCCAGGAUGGGCGCGCCAUGGCCGAGAAGAUCAACGCUUUCGCCUAUUUGGAGUGCUCGGCGAAGAGCAAGGAGGGCGUGAGGGAGGUGUUCGAGAAUGCCACACGUGCAGCCUUACAAGUCAAGAAGAAGAAGAAGCAUCGCUGUGCUCUGCUCUGAGGGGGCUGUCCAGGCACAAAUAUUCUAUAUUAUUAUAUUGUAAUGUUAUUUUAUUUUUUUUUUUUUUGAAUUUGUAUCAAUUGUGGUGCAUAAGUACAUAUAACGUUAACUUUAUUCAAGUGUAAAGUUGAUGGCUGUAAUUAGUUUCCUCUUUCCCAAACAAAAUUCGACUAAUUUUUAUAGACAACUCUCCAGGAGGUGUGUGCGAGUUGCCUAUCUUUGUAAUAGCUUUAACUUUUCCAUAAUAUUGUAUCUUACAAGUAAAAAUAAAUUGUUUUCUUAUA